ACACCCCUGUGUGUGAGUGUUGUUACGAGAGGUUAGGUUAGUUAACCGUUAGUAGCGUCGCGGUCGUUUCCGCGUAGGCGCCUGGCGCGAAAACGUGCCGCGUGGCUGGCUGAUAGCUGAUAUCCUCUACUUCCAUUACCCAAUGUUGGCGGGAACGUACCAGCAGGGAGCCAGGACCGCCUGGACCGCAUCACCGCAGGACACAGUGACAGUAGUGACACAGUGACACAGUGCGCGUCCUGCGCGAAGACGUCAACGUCAACGUCAACGGAUCCACCCGGCGACUAGGAACUUCAGUCAACAGCGAAUACUCCUCAAGUCCUCAGUCCUCUUCAAGCUCUUUGCUCUCUAUUCAGUCCCUCCUGUUUGCUCCUGUUCUUAUCGCGAUGGUUCGCGGUGGGCAUCGCGCGGUCAAGCGUAAGGUCGCUACCCGGCGAUCGAGAGAUGAACCACGGGAAAGCGAACCAGGUUGCAGCAGAAAUAAAAUGCUUCGAAGCAACGGGAAAAACAAUAAAGACGUAGAUGGAGUACGUGAAGAAGCUGACGUUGAUUCCGAACGUACGUCAGACCCCGCGGUAAAAAGAAGGGCGAGUGAAACGAAUAAGGGGACGCGGGUGCUCGAUCUUGGUGAAAUGAACACCGAAACGGAUGAAACCCCGAGACGUUCCCUGGAAUUUGAUAAAGAAAAUCACGCGCCGGAAACAAAUCAAGAGGAACGGACAGAAAAUCCGGAAAAGAGAAUAAAGACAGGAACGAACGAAAAGAUGUCUAAAUUAAAAUCUCAAGAUAAAAAGACAUCUGUUGCGAUAGAGCGAUGCCUGUACUGUAAACAGAUGUUGAAUACGUUAACAUUGUAUCAAGGGCAUCCAAAUGGUGCGGUCGAAGAACAGAUAGCUUUAACAGAUCCUAAGCUGUGCUUAUUUAUUGGAGAUGAAUCUUUUAUAGACGAAAGUGAUGAGAGACCGCAAAAUAAAUUAACUCAUUUUAGUGUUUAUGAUUUGAAUGGGCACCUGUGUUCUUUCGACACAGGACUCAUAGAGAAAAACAUACUGUUAUAUUUUUCUGGAUAUAUGAAAGCUAUUUAUGAGGAAAAUUCUUCGCCCGAGGGAGGUAUACCGACAAAAGAUAUGGGGCCAAUUAAUGAAUGGUAUGUCACUGGAUUUGACGGAGGAGAAUUGGCAUUAGUAGGUUUUAGUACUGCAUUCGCGGAAUAUAUUUUGAUGGAGCCGUCGGAAGCUUAUGCACCGUACAUGGAUGCUGUUAAAGAGAAAUUAUAUAUGAGCAAAGUAGUCGUAGAAUUUUUGCUAGAUGACGUUACGUCAACCUACGAAGACUUAUUGAAUAAGCUUCAAACAGUAGUACCGCCUAAGGAAACCAUGAAGUUUACAGAAGAUUCGUUGUUACGUCAUGCACAAUUUAUUUGCGAUCAAGUUUUUUCACUAGAUACGUGUGCUGGCUCUGACGAUACUCUUCUCAUUACGGCUCCAUGUAUGCGAUCUCUCAUGAAUCUCUCUGGCGUCACGUUCGGUAAGAAAUCGGCCGUUCGUCCAAUGAGACGUAAGCCGAAAGUUAAAACGCCUGUCUGGUCAAUGGCUACUACGACAAAAUUAGUUAGCAAUAUGUUUGAAAAUAUUUUUGCUGGUCAACUUGCUAAGCAUACUACUAAUAAGUCAUUAAUAAAAAGGAGGCGAUGCGGUGUUUGCGACAACUGUCAGCAACCCGAAUGUGGUAUUUGUCAUGCUUGUAAAGAUAUGCCGAAAUUUGGAGGCAAAGGAAUUCAAAGGCAAGCAUGCAUUAGAAGAAGAUGUCCAAAUUUGGCAAUUCAGGAAGCAGAAGAUUCUGAUCCAGAGAGUGAAGAGCAAUAUGAUGAUCUAACAGAAGAUAAAACAGUACAAGAUCAAGAAAGAAAUCUUAAUAAAAAUGAAGAUUUUAAAGAACUUUUAAUUAAGAAAGAUAUAAUAUGGGAGAAGAAAGACAAACGUGUCGAUGGGGAUAAAACGUACUAUAAAUCAGUAAUAGUUGGGAACGAAAAAAUCGAAAUAAACGAACAUGUCUUGUUGGAGCCUAGAGAUCCCACAAUUCCUAUACAAGUUUGCAAAAUUGUGUUUAUGUGGGAGAACGCGUUUGGAGAAAAACGAUUUCACGCAAACCGUCUUUAUAGAGGCACCGAUACCAUACUUGGUGAAACUUCGGAUCCUAUAGAAUUAUUCCUAAGUGAACAAUGUUGCGAAGCAUCGUUUACGUCUGUUAGAUCAAAGGCAACGGUUAUCAAUAAAAAGAUGCCUGAUAAUUGGUUUGAAUUAGGUAAUGUGGAUAUAGAUAAUGAUAUAAAAGAUACAGAUGGUAAGACAUUCUUUUAUCAAAUGAAAUAUGAUCCUGAAAGUGCUCGAUUUGAGAAUCCACCACCGGAUCCGGAAUGUCCAGGAAAAAUUAGUCAUCGAUUCUGUCCCUCUUGCAUUCGGUUGGCGAUAUCAACGCAGCGUGAUAUACCCAAGGUCUAUAAUCGAAUAGAAGAGAAAAGCAGUGGGGAAGUGAUUUACGACGUAGUAAAAUACAAAGGUGAAGAAUAUAAAGUCGGUAGUGCGGUAUUCUUAUAUCCACAGGCUUUUGAAUUUAAGCAUAAACGAAAAUACCAACAAUCUAAAAAUUCAAAGAUCAAAUUAGACCAAGUAGAUGAAGAUAUGUACCCGGAGUUUUACAGAAAAAAACUUGACAAAGGAAUACUUUCAAAUCGUGAUACACCCGAACCUUUUCAUAUUGGUUAUAUUAAUACAAUAUAUGCUACGACAACUGACAUAUUAGUGGCACCUUCAGACAUUUUUAUUAAAAUAAAUAAAAUGUACAGACCGGAGAAUACUCACCGAGAUUUAGCACUAAUGGAGCAAUCGGACAUUAAUAUGGUCUAUUGGAGCAACGAGAUGUGCACCGUAAAUUUUUCUGUGGUUGCCGGUAAAUGCUACCUGACAUACUUUAAAAACAUGAGUGAAUCCAUUGAAGAAUGGUCUACGAGCGGUCCAAACAGAUUUUAUUUUACUGAAGCAUACAAUCCUGCAGAAAAAACAUUCGAUGAACCGCCUUAUGACAUUAUUAAUACGAGUAAAUUUGGAAAAGGAAAGGGAAAGGGUAAAUCUAUAGCAAAGAAAGUGGAAAAAACUGAAAAGAAGCAGGUUUUUGAAACACCCGUGGACUAUCCUACUAUAUCAAGAAAAUUGAGAAUGUUGGACAUGUUUGCCGGUUGUGGAGGAUUAUCUGAAGGAAUGCAUCAAGCGGGUGUAGCUGAAAGUCUGUGGGCGGUUGAAAAAGAUAACGCUGCGGCAAAUGCGUUUCGCUUGAACAAUCCGAAGGCUACUGUGUUUACAGAGGAUUCCAACAAGCUGUUACAAAAAGUGAUGAAUGGUGAAACGGUAGAUGAUAAUGGCCAAAAACUUCCUCAGAAAGGAGAUGUUGAACUUUUGUGUGGUGGACCACCGUGUCAGGGUUUCAGCGGCAUGAAUCGCUUCAAUUUUCGGCAAUACUCAUUAUUUAAAAAUUCUCUUAUCGUUACGAGUUUAGCUUACUGCGAUUAUUAUAGACCGAAAUUCUUCCUGAUGGAAAACGUGCGAAAUUUUGUAUCCUUUAAAAAAAGUAUGGUGCUGAAAUUAACUUUAAGAUGUCUCGUUCGUAUGGGUUAUCAGUGUACAUUUGGUAUCCUCCAAGCUGGAAGUUAUGGAAUACCACAAACGAGAAGAAGGAUGAUACUCAUAGCCGCUGCACCUGGAGAGAUACUUCCAAGGUAUCCAGAGCCUACGCAUGUGUUCAAUAAACAAUGUUGUUCGUCGAAUGUACUAGUAGAUAAUAAAAAGUUUACUUUGGCUUGGAAAAAGUCUGCUCCAUAUAGAACAAUCACUGUAAAAGAUGCUCUGUAUGAUUUACCGGCAAUUAAAUCUGGUUCGAGCGUAGAGGAAAUGUCUUAUGGUGGCGAACCGUUAACACAUUUUCAGAGAAAGAUGAGGGGUAAACCGUAUCGAUCGAUAUUGAUAGAUCAUAUAUGCAAAGAAAUGAGUCCGCUUGUAGAGGCGCGAAUGAGCCUCAUUCCAACUACAAUCGGUGCCGAUUGGCGUGAUCUACCGAACAUCGUGAUGCGAUUGAGUGACGGUAACUUUACCAAGAAAUUAGAAUAUGCGUACCAUGAUCCGAGAGUUGGAAGGAGCUCUACGAAUGCACUUCGCGGAGUAUGUAGUUGUUGUACUGGUCAACCAUGUGAUCCUACUGAUAGGCAAUAUAAUACUUUGAUUCCAUGGUGUUUGCCACAUACCUCGAACCGACAUAACAAUUGGACAGGUUUAUAUGGUAGAAUUGACUGGAACGGAAUUUUCGUUACAACCAUCACUAAUCCGGAACCGAUGGGUAAACAGGGUCGUGUGUUGCACCCAGUGCAAAAUCGAGUUGUAAGCGUGAGGGAAUGUGCGAGAUCUCAAGGUUUUACUGAUUCAUAUCGUUUUUUCGGUACAAUAGCUGAUAAGCAUCGACAGGUUGGUAACGCGGUACCACCACCAUUGGGCGCUGCUAUUGGGCACGAGAUAAGAAAAUGUAUCCGUGACACGACGUUAAACACAGAACCCAAACCUAUGAAUGGCUAUAGUGUUGAACCAACAACGAGUAAAAGUCUCGAUACGAGCCUCAACGAAAGUCUUGACAAAAGUUACGACGAAAAUUUUAAUAAGACGGACAAAGAUGUGCCUGAUGCCCCAAUAGCUUACGACAAUGCCAACAACAAUCUUAACAAUAACAAGAAUACGGUCGAUCUAUGAAAUUUAUACUGAUGAAGAAACGAAGAAAGAAAAAUUAUUGGACGAAAUAGUAUAAUGGUUUUUACAUAUUA